AUCUUUAAUUUCUUUAGUCAUUUCAACCACCCCUCAUCUGCCAGCCUACUAUGUUUAAAAGAACCCUUACCAAAAUGACAUCUGCGCCCAGGGACUAUAUUGGAGCUUCGGGGUCUUGUUAUCGAUUUCAAAACGUGCUUCAAGAACGGCCGCAUAUCGGUCGCGUCUGGUUGGCAACAUCGGGGUUAGAUAAAUUUGUUUUGAAAGAUAUACCGAAAGAUAUAUUUGACAAUUUCCGUGAAAACAUCCUACCCCGAUUGCGCAAGAGUCCAUAUAUACGAUUACCAUACGAUAUCGUACCGGGCCAGCAAAUAUAUAUAUAUAGAUAUUUGACAGAUGACUUUCUCAGCCUCGUCAAGAGGGGAAUUUCACUACGAGCUAGAAAGCAGAUUCUCCAUAAUACUCUGUUAGGUAUUGCUGAGUUACACGAUCAGGAUGUCGUUCAUCUCGAUAUCAAACCAGACAAUAUCAUGGUUGAAAGCAAACAAGAUGGCGAAGACAUUAUCGUCGAGAGUGUGCAGAUCAUUGACCUUGAGAAUGCCGCCUACCUUCCUAAAGGUAGGUGUAUUAAGGGUAUGCUUGCUGGAAAUGAAAAUUGGCGAAGUCCAGAAGCACAUUUCAAAGGUGAACUCAACAAGCCAACGGAUAUUUUCUCUUUUGCGAUCGUUUGUAUCUACGCUAUGCUUGGACGAGUUAUUUUUGGUCCUGAUCAGGAUUUCAGAAAACACGAAGCGCAGGGUGCAUUGCCCGCUUUUAUCCGCCUACAACGUCAAGUUUCGUAUUUUGGAGACAUGCAGGGAAUAGGAGGCCUGUCAAAACAUAUUUCCGACGAUGAUAUUAGCUGCCAGGUCUUGCAGAUGUUAUGGGACGAAAGGGCUGAUGAGCAUAUCGAUUACCGACCAUUUGUUGAUUGGCCUGACGUUGACCCUUCAUUUAAAGAUCUGAUUCAAAAACUUGCGAAUCUAGACCCCUCAAAACGACUCACAGCGCGUCAGGCAUUGGAACAUCCCUGGUUCUUGGGAUAG